AUGUCCGAAGAGAACGCGUGGCAAGCACCGCCGUUAACUGUGACGGCUUCGUCGUCGCCGACAGAUCGUCGGAAUGAUACGCGAUUCGAUGCGGUGGAUGGGGAGAAGGAUAGUAGAGAUGCAUCCCAGAGCCGGAUGUCGGAUCAUAUCGAGAUUCCCGACGACAAAAACACCCAUGACUUGAAAGAUGAUGGGAAGAAAGAACGGAAUAGACGCAAUGCACGCCUCCUCCAAGGCCCAAGUCUAAAAUGGCACAAGGAAUACUCCGACCUCGACCCCCAGGCCGGACGAGUCCUAAUGAUCGAUUUUGCGCGAAGCGAUAAAUCACGCUCUCAUAUCCGCAAAGUCGCCGCUCAAGAAAUCUUCUCCAUCCACGGCUUGCGCCGAUUUUAUAGGGUAUCCGGGCAGGAGACACCAACGAUGAGAGUAAUUCACGUUCAAAAUGCGGAUUGGGCCGUUCCGUUUCUUAUGCACAAAUUUAAUAUAUCUACCCAUAAAUCUCGAAGUGAUGGCUCGGGGUCAGAUUUUGGGCGGUAUUUGAGAUAUAAGAAUCCAGAGUUACGCGGUGGGAAACCCUUUCUAGCGGGCAGGACGUGGAAGGUACAGUAUGAUCCCUGGAUGGGGGUGAAUAGGACUUCGUUUGGGUUGGAUUAUAUGAAAAGUUUUCGGAGAGGGCCUAGGAUGAGAGAGGGGAGGAGGGAUAGGAUGAUGCAGUUGAAUGAUUUUGAUGAUAAUGAUGAACCGAUAUGUGGACAUGAUGUAUACGUGCAACGACUCAGUUGCUAUAUUCAACACAAACAAGCGCCGUCUGAGAACAGAUUGUCGAGAGAGGAUCUGCCGUUACGGAAACAUUUUUAUCCUCCUGAUGUGUAUGACGAGGGGGACGAUGAUAAUAUGCCCGACGGCAAGGAUAAAGAUAGCAAGCAAAGACUUCGCCUGGAUAAUGGAAAUGUGAUUAUCAUAUUCGAUAAUUCGUCGUCUGGCAAUAUUGACGAUACUCUGAUCCCCGCUCGACGCGAUCUGGAAUGUCGUUGGCGUCGAUUACCGUUUCAUUUGGCAUUCGAAUCUCGCGAUCCAGUGGAAGACGAUGACGGGAAACUUGCCUUGAACUGCAGUAAAGCGAUAUUGAGUGAUAUCUUUAAAUCUGUCGUCGGGACAUGGGACAAAUUUUUAGAUCAUGCGGGUACGCACAUGACAAUACUGGAAGAUAAAAUCUACGAAAGACCGGACGAUGAGAGUAGAGCACCGGAGUUGUGGGCGAAUUCGAGUGCGUGGCUGAAAGUUGAGAAAUUGGUGAAUGUGCAUGGGAGUGUGGUGCAGGAGAUGAGGAUGAGGCUACAUGAGUUGACUGAUGAUGUGGACAGCGAAGAUAACUGGCUUGAAGAUAUUCCCAGCGACUUUGAGAGAUUGACGAAUUUGAUAGCGGAGGAUUUGACCAAGCCGACUGAGUCGUUGAUAUCGUUGUUGUAUCAGAGUGUGUCGAUUAGGGAUAGUAGACAUAGUCUAGAACUGGGAGUUAGCAUGUGGCGACUGAGUUGGAUCACAUUUAUAUUCCUCCCCCUGACAUUCAUCGUCGGAUUCUUCGGAAUGAAUGUGGAUACCUUCGCCAACAUGCCCAGUAUAAAAUGGUACUUUAUAGCCGCUAUACCAUUCAUGCUUGGCGUUUUGACGUUCUACUUUCUUAUGAAAGGCGGCUCAUCAGAUAGUCGUCGUCGCUCACCGCGUGAACGCAUCGUUUACGAAACAUUUUUCCAAGAUAUGGCUUCUCAGAACCCGACGCUGUGGUCUAGAAACGGUCCGAGGGAUUACGUGCGUGUGGAGGGUUGGUUUGUGAGGUUGAAAUGGAGGUUAAUCAAGUAUUGGCUUAGACCGGUGGAUUUGGUGGGAAGUACUACUUUCACCAGCGCCACAACCACAACACCGAUCCCUAGCAGUGAUAAUGAGAUAUCAACCGGCGUUCGGGCAUCCUUUACUGGGUCCGGUGAUGGCUUGAGUACUUUAUCCCGUCUACAGCGCUAUCUCUCCCGUCGCUGGACGCCUCAGAUCGCGGCUCAUACUACAUCGACGUCCGCGGAAGACACGGAAAUGGGAUUGAUGAGCAUGAAUGAUGACGAAUUUGAGAAUUUGGCGCGACUGAGUGGUGAUGAGAGGUUGAGUAUGAGGGAGCAUUAUUCGAUUGGGGAUGGAUUGUCGGAGGUCACGGAGAUAGUUGCUGUGCCUGCGGUGCCCAGGGCGGGGAGGCCGGGGUUGAUGUUGUGGAAUUCUGCACCCGAGGGUGUGAGCGGUAAUGGUAGUGGUAGUGAUGAUGGGGGGAAGGGAGGGAAUACGCAUUUGACUGUGCCUGGGAGGAGGGUUCUUACGGCUACGACACAUGAUGAGCACGAGGAUGUGGAUACCAGUGAUAUCGACGAAAUAAAUACAUCAAAUAUCCCUAAUCCGGUCAUUGCGGCAGCUCUGACUCGUGAGCGUGCAAGGCAACAUCGUCUUCGAAGUAGUAGUUCCCCUUCACCGCGUGGACGAGGUCAUCGACGUGGAGGUAGUGGUAGCGGGUCAUCCGGUGGAACACCAGGGAGAGGAAGUGAUAGAGUUCUUAUCGAAGAGGAGGAUGCAGCGUGGUUGAAUGAACGGGGUAGGAAAGGCAAGGAUUGGAUUUGGAGGUUUGGUUCUGGUUCUGUCUCGGACGAUGAUAAGGAUGAGACGAAGAAAGAAGGGGAUAGGAAGUCUGGUUCUAAUGAGGGGAGGUAAUGUAUAUACCUUUUUCUUAGGGAAGAAGACAGGUAUGGCCAUAUUACUGUAUCAUUCAAGAGACCUAUCUAAGGUACUUGAUAGUAUCAUAGGAAAGCAAAACCUGAUCAAAACUCCUUUCCUUCCAAGCACCGUCGACUACCCAACCAUUCUUUCCUGAGUAUCAUGCUCUAGACGAGAAGAAAGCUAAAAAUUAAACCGUUGCCGUACGCCGUCGCUCCUCAUUUGAAUUGAAUAAAGAAAGGAAAUUGUAGAAAGACUAUUCAGCCUUCCCCUGAGUAACCUUGGCAGCUUGGACGGCAGACAUCUUCUGAGUCCAACCCUGAGCAGGCUGCGGCUUCUUGACGGUACGCAAGUCGUCAGUGGCAAACCCAGAGAUGCGCAUGUUGUAGUUACGCUCUAGGACGAGCUGGAUGUCGCGGAUUUCGAGGGUGGAUGAUGGACGCAAUUUGGCGAGACGACAGGCUGCUGUGAUGACGUCGUCGACGAAGUCGUCUGCCAUUUGGAGGAUGAAC